AUGGAGAGUCCAAAAUCCGAACAGCAGCCUCUGGUGACUGCCCCAGGGCCUGCAUAUUCAGCAUUCUCAGAGAAGAAAAAGCAGUUUUAUCUGGGCAUAGUAACGGCCGCCGGAUUCUUCGGUCCGCUUUGCGGUGCAGUCUACCUGCCCUCCUUGAUUCUAUACCAAGAUAUCUUCAAGUCUUCAAGGAGCGUGAUCAAUGCCACAGUCUCUGUAUACAUGGCCAUUUUUGCUGUUGCUCCCCUCGUCGGAGCAGCAGCAGCAGACCUCGGCGGCCGCAAAACAGUCUACAUCGUCACACUGGCUAGUUUCUUAAUAGCUAAUAUCCUGCUCGCUUCUAUCCCCGCCAACAUCGGGGCGCUCUUUGUGCUCCGCAUAUUCCAAGCCUUCGGCGCAUGCAUCGUCACGUCGAUUGGAGCAGGCACAAUCACAGAUAUAUUCGAGCCUGCACGCCGGGCAUCUGCUCUAGCUAUAUUCCUUCUCGGCCCUCAGCUCGGUCCUAUCCUGGGACCUCUAAUAGGAGGACAAUUUGCGACCGAGUCGCGGUGGCGGUGGGCGUUUGGGUUUCUAGCCCUCGCCUGUACCCCUGUCUACCUCCUCAUCCUCUUUUGUCUCCCCGAGACGCUCCGCUGUCUCGUUGGGAAUGGCGAGGUAUUUGCAAAGAGAGGAUGGAUUUCUUUCCCGCGAUUUCGGCAAAAGACACUCGUGGAGGAAGGGAAGUACCCUAAGCCGCCGAAGCCCAGUCUAAAGAACUGGGUUAAGAUGUUGACGGAGCCAACGCAAUGCAUCGUCUUUGUGAAUGGGGCGCUAUCAUUUGCAGGCCUGUACUUGAUGUAUGUUAGCUUCCCCGAUGUAUGGGGCGAGCGGUUCGGAUUCUCGACGCAGGAGGUUGGAUAUGCUUAUUUGAGUCCUGGGGUUGCGCUGUUCCUGGCCUCCCUCGCAACAGGCCGCUUCUCCGACUGGCACCGUGCAAGACUGGCAGCACGAAACCCAGACAAGAAAAUCAAGCCCGAGACUCGUCUCCCAAUCCAGAUCGUAGGGUUUAUCAUUUCCGCCGCUGGGAAGGUCAUGUAUGGCUGGUUCACGCGGUAUAACCUACAUCCUGUUGCUGGAUUAACGGCGUCUGCAUUAGCCGGAAUCGGCACAGCCAUAAUCUUCGUAACGAGCACAUCCUUCCAAACAGAGUGCGCGCCAUCCCAAGCCGCAACAAUCGUGGCUUUGGGCGGGCUGCUCCGGAACAUCGCAGCAGCAAUUUCAGCUGCGAUAGUCGAUAGUCUUGUCAAGAGCAUGGGGUACGGGUGGUGCUUUACGGGUCUGGGGAUGUUGGAUGUGGUAUGUGUUGGAGGGAUACUGGCGAUUAUGUGGACGCGAGGUGGUAGGGAUGGGUUUUGUAGGUUGUAG